CGGAGACACGCAGACACUCAGACACGGAGACACGCAGACACGGAGACACGCAGACACGGAGACACGCAGACACGGAGACACGCAGACACGCAGACACGGAGACACGCAGACACGGAGACACUCAGACACGGAGACACGCAGACACGGAGACACUCAGACACGGAGACACUCAGACACGGAGACACGCAGACACGGAGACACUCAGACACGGAGACACUCAGACACGGAGACACGCAGACACUCAGACACGGAGACACGCAGCCUCAACCUGGGACAGUUCCGAGCUGGACCUUCAUCAUGGGAGUCAUCAUCUCGCAGAUCUUCUCCAGGUUCAUCUCCAAGACUCCGGUCCGGAUUCUAAUGGUGGGCCUGGAUGCUGCAGGUAAAACCACGCUGCUGUACAAACUGAAGCUGGCUGAGGUGGUCACUACCAUCCCGACCAUCGGUUUCAACGUGGAGACGGUGGAGUAUAAAAACAUCAGUUUCACCGUUUGGGACGUUGGUGGUCAGAGCGUCAUCAGACCGCUGUGGAGACAUUACUACACCAACACACAGGGUUUGAUUUUUGUGAUUGACAGCAGCGAUUCUGAGAGGAUUAAAGAGGCUGCAGACGAGCUGCACAGGCAGCUGGAGGAGGAUGAGCUGAGGGACGUUCCAGUUCUGGUUUUUGCUAACAAACAGGACUUACCCAGAGCCAUGUCUGUCGAUGACAUCACAGAGGCUCUCAGCCUAUCAGGAGUCCGGCAGCCGUGGUUCGUCCAGUCGUCCUGUGCCGUCAGCGGCGCCGGUCUGGUGGAGGGACUGGACUGGCUCUCCGACCAGAUCCUGAAGAAGUAGCUGCUGCUGAGACGCUCUGAUUUCUGACGUUCCUGCUGAGUCCUGAAGGCACCAGGCGGCCGCUGGCGCCGUUUACCUGGAGAAACCUGAAGGAUCUGCUGAGAAAACGUCCAAACCUGUAAAACUGUCGCACUUUUUCUCUGAAAAGAGACAACCAGAAACUAUUUGAGUUUUUUUAUUUGGGUUUGGAAUAGUUGAGAUAUUUACAUGACUCAUUUUUUUCUAAGAAUUUUUCUGAUGAUUUUCUUGCUUCUCUGCACAACUUUGUGCUCUAACAGAUGAUAUUUUUGGGUGUUUUUACAACAAAUUUGAUGGAGGUUCACAAAAAACUAGAAAAAUAAACGUACUUCAUUUCUCAGCAGAUAUUACUGCUGAUUACAGAAGAUAUUACUCUUAUGAAACUUUGCAUUUAUUGUGAAAUCUGAAUGUCAAUCAUCUGCUGAUAGAUUUUAUAUUGUCCUUGAUGGUUUCUUGCUUCAAACAUUCAACAUUUUGCACUUCCAAUCAGAUGUUUUCUUUUAUUUUUACAAAUUUGAUGGUAAAUUCAUAAAAAAGAAGAAAAACAAACCAAUGUGCUUUAUUUUUCAGCAUAUAUUAUACUAAUUUCUUUUGAUACUCUAUUUAUUGUGAAGUCUGUAAAUUAUUUACAAAGAGAUUUUACAUUUUUAAGUUUUCUUGCUUCUCUACACAACUUUGUGCACUAACAGAUUUUAUUGGUUGUUUUUAGAAUUUAAAUGCAUUUAAAAAAUUAGAAAAAUGAACAGAUUUGCUUUAUUUUUCUACAUGUAUUACAGUGUGCUAUGAAACUGUAUGAUAAAAUCUGAAUGCCAAUUA